GUUCCCCUUCUUCAAGAGGAGGCUUGGCUCCAAGUGACUUCGCCUUCAACGAAUCAGGUUUGUGGUCAGUUGCGGACUCGAUUUUCAGCCGGAACACCGAAUCAAAUCUCCAACCUACUCGAAGUUGAUCGGGAAACGGCAGUAGCAGGAUGUACAGAUUGGCGAUGCAUUGAUUUCAUUCGAUGGAAAGAGCCCAGCAUCAUAAGUGGUGGUCGUGACUCCUGUUGCUAUUUAAGCCAGUCGCAUGGCAACGAGGCGCUUGAAUUGGCAUCAAACCCCGAAGAGCUGAUUAGCAUUUCUGCCAAGCACUCCUUGGACAUCAGCCUGUUCUCGCUGACCGACUUUCGUCCGAGUUUAGCGGAGAGCCUGCAGAAGGAGUUUGGAGUUGACAUGUUCCUCUUCAAUGAUUGCGACUGUUUCAUUCAAUACACAAUCCCUAGUGGUAAGUUUCGUUCCUACAGCUGA